GCCUAUCGUCCCAGCGCUUUGCCGCCGGGACAAUGGGAAUGCACGGCGGGACAAGCUGGCGCCGACGGACGCAAGAAGCCGUCGCCAUGGUGCUUGCUCUGGCUACGCUAGCAGCUCUUGCUACCGCGGGAGAGCAACAAGAGACGACGGCCUCCAGGGUUCUCGGCGGCAACGUCACGGUCGUCUCGUCGACGGAGGCGUCAGGCGUGAACAUCACCGCCAUCUGCUCGUCGACGCCGUACCCGGCCGCGUGCCGGACGGCGCUGUCCUCGUCGGCGUCGGGGGCGGCCAAGGACCCCUUCGAGGCCUCCGUGCAGUUUGCCAUGGCCCGGGCUGCGUCGGCGCGCGCGCUGGCGCGCAACCUCUCGUCAGCAUCGUCCGAUCGCCGGGGCGCGCUGCCGCCCUCCGGCAUGGACGACUGCGCCGAGCUGCUCGACGUCAGCCACGGCCAGCUCGGCGACGCGCUCGCGGCCAGCUCCGCGCACGACGCGUCCACGUGGCUCAGCGCCGCGCUCACGAACCAGGACACCUGCGCCGACAGCCUCGACGCCGUGCCGGCCUCCGCGGGGCGCGAGGGCGUGCGCCGGCGGGUCGGCGCGCUCGCGGAGUUCAUCGGCACCGCCCUGGCGCUGCACGCCAAGCUCAAGGGUGGGAGCGCGACGCCACCGCCAUCCACCGCGCCGAACCAGGCGUUCCCGUCCUGGGUCUCCCACCACGACAGGAAGCUCCUGGACUCCGCCGCGGGCGGCGUGACGCCGGACGCCGUGGUGGCGCUGGACGGCAGCGGGACGCACGGGACCAUCGGCGACGCGAUCGACGCCGUGACGGCGGCGGCAACGGUGCCGGUGGGCUCCUCCAAGGCGGGCGUCGGAGCAAGCAGGAAGGUGAUCUACGUGAAGGCCGGGCGGUACGAGGAGAGCGUGCGGAUCUCGAGCAGGCAGAGGAACGUGAUGCUGAUGGGCGACGGCAAGGGGAAGACGGUCAUCGUCGGACACAGGAGUGUCGCCGACGGCUACACCACCUACGCCUCCGCCACUGUCGCUGCAAUGGGCUCGGGCUUCAUAGCCAAGGGCCUGACCAUCAUCAACGACGCCGGACCGGGCAAGGGCCAGGCGGUGGCGCUGCGGGUCGGUGGGGACCUCUCCGUUGUGUACCAAUGCGACAUCGAGGCGUACCAGGACACACUCUAUACGCACUCCAACCGCCAGUUCUACGCCGAGGACGGCAUCUCCGGCACGGUGGACUUCAUCUUCGGCAACUCCGCAGUGGUCAUCCAAAACUGCGAUAUCCAUCCCCGAAAGCCCCGCCAGGGCCAGAAGGACACGAUCACGGCCCAGGGCCGAACUGACCCAAACCAGAGCACCGGCAUCUCCAUCCACAAGUGCCGGAUCGCCGCCGUGUCAGAUCUAGGUGGCACGAAGGUGUAUCUGGGCCGUCCGUGGAAGGCGUACUCACGGACUGUCGUGAUGGAGAGCUCUCUCGACCGCUCGAUCACCCCGGCCGGGUGGCUGGAGUGGUCGGGCCAGUUCGCACUCAGCACGUUGUACUACGGGGAGUAUGGGAACACCGGGGCUGGCGCUGGGACAAGCGGGCGGGUGGAGUGGGGUGGAGUGCACACGUCACUGUCCACCGCGGAGGCCACACGGUUCACGGUGAGGGAUUUUAUCUUGGGAGACUCAUGGUUGGGUGACACCGGAGUGAGCUACACUUCAGGGCUAUGACUAAGGUGGUGAUGGAGUCUGUGGUCUGCUGAUAUACUUGAAACAUGGAACCAGAUCACAUGUAAAGACUGGAUUGGUAACAAUAAAGUGGAAGCUAGUGAGCUGCGAUGCUAGCCUAGCUACCUGCUAA